GGCGACCAGUCGGGACAUGUCUUGUCCUUUUAGUCCAUGUUUUUGACACGUAGCAGCUCAUAAAUAUAUAAUAUUUUAAUGCAUUAAUGUUUGUCUGCGUUUCUACACAUACACAUUGUUUGGGCUCUUAUAACACCAUGUGAUGUUGUUAAACCUGAUUAAACCACAGCUAUAAGAGGAGCAAAUAUGCAAGGCAAAGCCUGCCUCCUGUACCACAUUUCAAGAUGUUUCCUUGUCUUUUUUUCCUGCAUAGUGUCCCGCUGGACACCCAAUGGGAGGGACUAAAGUGUGCAUCACCUCCGGGGAAUACAAAUGAACUCUCCGCUUAGAAAACACACGUUUUGGACAUGAUGAAACAUUACUUUUAACCUCUGUAUGUUUGGUGUUUUUUUCCCGCUUGUGGAGUAGCUGCUCGUGCUGAGUGUCGGCGCUGUUUGAACUGAGACAGGGCAGCUAAAACUUGCAACAACAGUGCGAUGGCGAGCCCCGAUGGGAUCGAACCGGCGGCUACACGUGCGACAGCCCAAAGUCUGGCCAGGAGACGCUUUUCACACGACUACCAUGGUCUGAGUCCAGAUGAGAUAGAUGGCCUCAUGUCCAGCAGUGACGGUCGUCCUUUCCUCGUGGUGCAUCAUCUUCCUGAAAUAAAAGAAGAGGGUAUACCUUACUUAAUGCCUGGUAUCCCCAUUACAUGCAGAGUGGACAACACGGAGAAAUACACUACUCGCUCAAAGGUCCAUGUGGGCACAUUAUACACGGUGCGGCUGACACAUGGCCACUUCCACUGGGCAGUGAAGAGGAAGUACAAGCACUUCCAGGAGCUGCAUCGAGACCUUUACAAGCACAAAAUGAUGAUUCACCUGCUGCCGUUGGGAAGAUUUGCAAAGGACAGGCAGCAGCUGAGAGCCAUGUCAGAGGAAAUGCCCAGUCUGCACGGGACUGACAGGACCAGGAGGACCUCCAGCAAAAUGAAAUACCUUGAGGAGUACUUGAACGGUCUGCUGGAGAACGCAUUUUGCAGAAGUGAUCAUAGCAUGCUGGAAUUCCUCUCUGUCGGCGCUCUCUCCUUCAUCAACGAUCUUGGACCCAAAGGCUUGGAGGGACCGAUCUUCAAGAGGUCGGGGGGCCACCGGAUCCAAGGCCUGAACUGCAUCGGCCAUCAUCAGUUCUGUUUCCGCUGGUCGCGGCGCUGGCUGGUGGUCAAAGACUCCUUCCUGAUGUACAUGAGCCGAGACAGCGGCUACAUUAACUUCGUGCUGCUGUUUGACCCCGAGUUCAAAGUGAAAGUGGGCCGCGCAUACACAGACACCAAAUACGGAGUCUGCAUCGAGAACUUCACCCGGAGUCUGGUCAUUAAAUGCAGCAGCUACAGACAGGCUCACUGGUGGAGUCAUGAAAUCAACCGCCUGGCAGAAAGCUGUGACUUUCUCAAAGUUCAGCGCUUUGAUGGGUUUGCUCCGCCGCGGGAGAACACGCUCACUAAAUGGUACGUGAAUGGAAGUGGAUACAUGGCGGACCUGGCUGACGCUCUCGAACAAGCAAAGGAGGAAAUCUUCAUUACAGAUUGGUGGCUCAGCCCUGAAGUAUUCCUGAAGAGACCAGCCACUGAUGACUACUGGCGCCUGGAUCAGAUCCUCAAACGCAAAGCAGAACAAGGAGUGAAAGUGUGCGUCCUGCUGUACAAAGAGGUGGAGCUGGCCCUCGGCAUCAACAGUGAGCACAGCAAGAGGACUCUAAUGAACAUGCACCCCAACAUCAAGGUGAUGAGACACCCUGACCACGUGUCGUCGGUGGUGUUCCUGUGGGCUCACCACGAGAAGAUGGUGGCCAUUGACCAAACAGUGGCCUUUGUCGGGGGGAUUGACUUGGCGUUUGGGAGGUGGGAUGACAGCCAGUACCGGCUCACUGACCUGGGUCUGACAGCUGACAGUGAAACUGAGGAGGAACCCAAAGGAGAUGCAGUAGAUAAUGGUGUGGCUGAUGGUCCAAAAGCAUCUGAAGCAGAUAAGCAGGAGGAGCAGGACCCUGAUAACCUGACCGGCAACACUAAACUCUGGCUUGGCAAAGACUACAGCAACUUUAUCAGGAAAGAUUGGGUCCAGCUGGACAAACCCUUUGAAGAUAACAUCGACCGCUCUGAAGUUCCCCGCAUGCCGUGGCGUGAUUUGCAUGCGGGAGUUCACGGCGGAGCUGCCAGGGACGUGGCCCGCCACUUCAUCCAGCGCUGGAACUUCACCAAGCUCUUCAAAAACAAGUACAAGGACGAGUUCUACCCUUACCUUCUCCCCAAGUCUCACUGCACUGCAGAUGCACUCUCCUUCACUGUGCCCGGGUCCCAGAAGGCCAAAGUGCAGGUGUUGCGCUCUGCCGACCGUUGGUCAACUGGAACCUGUGAGAACUCGAUCCUCAACGCCUACGUCCACACCAUCGAGAACAGCGAGCACUUCAUCUACAUCGAGAACCAGUUCUUCAUCAGCUGUGCCGACGGGAAGAGUGUCCAUAAUGGGAUCGGGGACGCAAUCGUGAAUCGGAUCUUGCGAGCACACAGAGAGCAGAAGAAGUACAGAGUGUUUGUGGUGGUUCCUUUGCUUCCCGGAUUUGAAGGCGACAUCAGUGCUGGAGGUGGAAAUGCCAUCCAAGCAAUUCUGCACUACACUUUCAGGACCAUGUGCCGAGGCGAGCACUCCAUCCUGACGAGACUUAGUGAAGUUGAGGAUCUGUGGACGGAGUACAUCUCGCUCUGCGGCCUGAGAACACAUUCCCAGCUCUCCCAGUCGCUCGUCACAGAGCUCAUCUACGUUCACAGCAAGACUCUCAUUGCUGACGACCGCUGCUACAUCAUCGGAUCAGCCAACAUCAAUGACCGCAGCAUGCUGGGCAGCAGAGACAGUGAGAUGGCGGUGUUUGUAGAGGAUGAAGAGCGGGUCCCGUCCGUCAUGGGGGGGCAGGAGUACCAGGCAGGACCUCUAACACUCGCUCUGCGCAAAGAGUGUUUCAGUGUUCUUGUUGGAGCUUCUUCAGACCCCAGCAUCAAUGUUGAUGAUCCUAUCUGCGAUGAGUUCUUCUUCUUGAGGUGGAAUGAACCUGCUAAACUGAAUGCCACCAUUUAUGACAAGGUCUUUAAAUGCCUGCCUCACAACAGUGUCCACAACAUGCGGGAUCUGAAGGACUACUCCGGCGAGGAGCGCCUCUGCGACACCGACCCUGAGCAGGCCAGAGAGGAGCUGAAGGCCGUGCGAGGACUGCUGGUCCACUUCCCACUCAAGUUCCUGUGUGAGGAGAACCUGCUGCCUCCAUUAAACACUAAAGAAGGCAUGGCUCCUGCAGGGCUGUGGACAUAACUGCAGCUCAGUCCAGAUCAAACCACUAUGUGACAACUAAAGAGGCUGCUGUAGUUUCCAACAUUCAGCACAGGAUACUAAAGUAGUUACAGCACUGGCGUUUCAUUGGUGAGGAGUAGACAUCACCCUCUGCAUCAUUAACCCCUUUCAUUCUUCACAAAAGUGACGUAAAGAGCCUAACAACAUUCAGACUGAUUCCACAACAGUGUAAUAUUGACAUCCAUUCACAUUGCAAUCCGGAAAUACAGAACCAAGUUGAAGGAGACGGUAGUGGCGUGCCAGUACUUGUAGAAUAGGUGUAAAUGCAUGCAAACAAUGAUCUAGGAAGAACCGCCCGUCAUGCUGUUUCUCGCUGUAGAGAUUCUACAAACUCAAGAAAGUUGUUUUGCAUUUUGCUGAACAUGAUUCGAUUACUGUCGGCCUCAAGUGAGAGCUGUGUUUCUGUUGAUGCGCUCCACUUCCAUUCUUAUUACCGGAGUGUUUGUCGCACAAGCAAUGUACGUCAUGUACUUUCCGUCUCGCCAGUUUAAUGCCUCUGUUACUAACCUCCCAAGGCGGUACAGAGCCGGAAUCACUUGGUCCCCCCAUUACACCUCUGGCACACUCAGACUGAAGGCGAAACGUCACAGAGGCGUAAAUAUGGCUGCUUGAAGCGGCAGUCUGAAAGGGGCUACUGAUGUUUUUUAUACUGACUGACAAUGAGCUCGUCCGAACACUGAAAUGUAGAUUUAAUCAUGAUUUUAGAACAGUAGAUGAACCUGUAGUGGCCAGUUUGUCCACAGUGAUGCUUCAUAACUGGCUGUGCAGUCUGAGCUGCAAGGCUGGCGGCGGUGGUGUUUAACAAAAUGAAUGUAUGAGUCAGGAGAGGAUUGCGAGGUUGUAUUGGAAAUCAAGCAUCUCACAUGAUCUGGGAACAUAGUGUACAUUUAUUGGUGCAAGGUUUUUGGGUGGGUGGGUGGGUGGCUCUGUCUCUUCCUCUCUUUCUCUCUUUCUCUCUCUCGCUCUCACUCGCUCCCUCCGAGGCUUCACCUCUCACUGCAGUGCCAGCAAAUCUGUCAGAACAUUUGUGGUUGUUAUGGUGACGGAUAUAAAGAGAUGACUGAAAUAAAGACUGGAUAGGGCAGAGAAGGGAGAGCACUGAUAAGAGGGAUAACUUACUAAAUCAGGACAGUGGCACGGAAAAUAGAAGGUAAUAUGUUGAAUGAGGGCUGAGCAUUUCUGUGGGUGAAUGAUCAGGUGGGAAAAACUGAGUGAGAGGGAAGGAGAGAAGGAGGACAGGAUAAUUAUAGGGUGUUCAGCUAAUUGUUGCCUCUUUUUUUUUUUUAAAGUCACCAUGAAUUAUUAUUUCACCAUGUCGUCAGCAGAACAGAACAAAACAUUCCACUUCAUCUAUUUCCAUUUUGUGCUCAGGUGCCAUAAAAUAUCUACAGUUUAUUCAUUUACAUGCACCAGGCUUUUAUUUAGAUGUAGCCAUAACCAGCGGCGGAAAGUAACUAAGUAUAUUUACUCAAGUACAAUUUCAAAGUACUUUACCUGAGUAUUUCCAUUUAAUGUAACUUUAUACUUCUACUCAACUAUAUUUUUCAAAUAUUGUACUUUUUACUCCACUACAUUUAGCUGACAGCUUUAAUUACUUUUCAGGUUGAGAUUCAACAUGGAAAAAAUACAUAAAUAAAUCACACCUCAUAACAGUAUAUUAAUAUUAAGGUUGUUAAAAUUAGCCCUACCUUGACAUUAAUUUCUCAAUAUAGGUCUAGGUUUUGUUUCCUAUAAAUUCAAGUAUCUCAAAAACGUGCUGAUUCCUUUUAUCGAGCCACGACGAACUGUGUGACAACUAUUUCUUGCACAAGUCUUGCACUGGACUGGAAAUAUGUAGAAUCCCUCUUAAUGAAAUAAUGCAUGGACUGAUUUGGAAAUAUCAUGUAGUAAUUCAGCAGCAUGUACAGUACAUGCUGCCUUUCUCAUGUAGAAAAGAAGGACUUUGGUGAUGCAUGUUUCUUCAGCUGUUAAACAUUGGUUGAACGUUUCUGUCAGCCAUGUUUUUGACGAAAAUUAUAUUGUAAAACAAUGUUUGUGUUUGUCAUAAGUCUUGACUAGUUUUAUCCAUGCCUUUGCAAAGCACCUAUAUCAUAUUGAGCUUUUUAAAGCACAACCAGCAGUGAGGCGAGAUGUGAAUGGGACAGGUUUUAUAUUCUUAGAAAAAUAAACCCUGCCCCAUGUAUUUCAGAGAGACCUGUAUGUUAAAGGAAUAUUUCACUCACAAAACGACCAUUUGUAUAUCCAUUAGCCUAUUCACACCGUGUUAAAGUUUUUUUUUACAUUUUACUCACUGCGGCCUUGUAUUUCACUGCAGUAUAUGAGUCCUGCAGCUCUGUGGAAUCAGCACAAUCUAAUUAGAAGUGGGAACAACUGAAAAAUAUCUUUUGUGCAGAGUAACACAGUUAUAAGGGCAUACAUAAAGUUAAAAGAAAUGUGGAAGUUUUUUUUUUAAUCUAUAAAUUCAAUUUUAUUCCAACAUCCAUCUUUCCAAGUGCCCACAAGUGUCAUGGAUAUUUGGGGGGGAAUUGGGUCUUCUUUACUUACAACCUCUCCUGUCCUCUCCUCUCUGCUCUGUGUAAAAAAGAUUUUCAGUGAAUAUUUGUCACAUGACAUGACGGUCUCAGCAGAAUCAAUCAUGGCAUCACAGUGUCUCCGAGGGGCAGAAUUUGAUUUUUUAACUAUAUCUAGUUAUUCCAAACAGUUUAUUUUUGGUGACAUUUUAAAUGAGACAUAUAGAAUAAAGUGACUUUGACAGAAAUAUCACAAUUCAAUGAUAAUUUAAAUUUGGACGAUAAUGCCUGUUUUUACAGUUACUUAUUACGGUAAAUGGUGUAUUUUUGUCAGCAUUUUAAAGACAACACACAUUUCAGAGGGAUCAUAUGGCCAAGUUGUGUGAGUGUUUGUACGUGGAAGUUUUGAUAUAGUUUUGCCACCAUUUACUUGGGACUUUCUCAGUUUUCUCCAAAAAUUGAAGGUAACACAGUGUGAGUAAUUGAUAUACAGACGGUCAUUUUGUGGGUGACCGGCACCUUUUAAUGGAGACUCGGAGUGACGGAUUGCUGUGCAUGACUUUACCAUAAAUCAGUUCAUAAUCUGAAAAAGUGGACAUUUGCUGAACCUGUCACAGAGCCAGGGAAAUAUCACAGACUUCUUCAUAAGCUUUAGAGAAAUGCACACAAGUCAGCAACACUACCAAGGUGGUAUCCGUGCAAAUAUGUCUGUCAGUCUAGGAAGACCAUCUGUGUUUAGAACUCUUUAUAUUUCCCUACAGAAGAUAUUAAAAAGCCACUAUGAGCCCUUGCACACGAGAAGCUGGAUUUUUGCAGCACAAAAGUGUUGCCUUGAGGGGUAUUCUCUAUGUAAAUAUUCAGCAGAAAUGUCUGUUACAUACAAAGAAGUGACCUUCUACUGUUUCUAUUCUAUCUAUUAUUUUUAUUCGACUAAUAGCCAGCAUUACCAAUACAUUUUUAUAAGUAUACUAUUAAUGUAAACUUGUGUUUUUGACUCAUGCAUAUUAUUCUAAACAAUCACAUUUAAAUGUGUAGAUCUAAUGUACCUAAUUUUCCUUUAGGCUACUAACACUCAGGGGUAGAGAUAUAAUAAUUAUUCUUUCUAAUUCAAUUAAUUACAAUUAUGAACAAUUUGUACUUUAUAUUACAUUUCUUUUUUUUCUCAAUAAACAUGUUUUUUUUUAAAGUGAAUUUCUACUUUUACUUUGAUUUAUUUUGAAUAUGUCAUACUUCCCAUGUACUGUUUUAUAUGCAAACAUGGUAUAUGUGUACUUAAAAUAAAUGUAAUGCAAUGUGUAAACAAACUAAAAAAUGAUCUAAUAUCUAAAUAUGAAAAAUGUUAUAUUUUAUGUAGUGGGAUAUUCUAUCGCAAUGUGCAUUUAUCAAAAAUGGCCAGAUUUACUGAUAUCAUCUCGAGACAAAUUGUGACAUUUUACAAAAGAAAACCUAGAAUGUGAAAAUAUGAUUGCAUGGUUUUAUGUUAUACCAAACAUUUUGGAUCAUAUAAUGUAUUUUAAUAAAGCAAUUUGGAGACUGA